GCUACCACCUUGUUCUGCUAGGGCAAAGUCAAUCACAAAUGGGAUCGCUGUUUACAUGUGUAAAGGGCUCCGUCCGUACAGCGAGGUGGAGAACGAAGGGUUCUGCUUUUUAAUGAAUAUCUUAGAGCCACGCUUUGAUAUUCCCUCUCGGAAAUAUUUUGCUGAAAAAAUGAUUCCGGCACUUUAUGACCAGACCACGGCUAAAGUUGAGUCGGCACUCCAGUCGGCAGAAAGAGUAGGGCUCACGUGUGACGGAUGGACAUCGAGAGCCACAGAGUCCUACAUAACGGUCACUGUACAUUUUAUAAACGAAGACUGGGAAAUUAAGUCAUAUGUCCUGCAAACCCGAGCAAUGCACGAAACGCACACUGGGACACACAUUGCCGAUGUACUGAAAGCCGCAGUGGGGGAGUGGAAUCUUGACGCUAAGAAGAAGUUGUUGGUUGUCACCGACAACGCAUCAAACAUGCGUGUAGCAAUGGACUUGACAGGAUACCAACAUGUUAGAUGUUUUGCUCAUGUUUUAAAUCUUGCAUCCCAACGUGCGCUGAAAAUAGCUGCUGUUACCAAGGUACUUGUCAAAGUUAGGAGGAUCUCAACAUUCUUUCAUCGAAGCACAACUGGAGCAGAAGCACUGAAAAGAAACCAGGAACUCCUUGGCCUCCCCCUUCACAAGCUCAUAACGGACAUGCCUGUUCGUUGGAAUAGUGCCUAUGAGAUGAUCUCCAGGUUUCUUGAGCAACAGCCAGCUGUCUGUGCUGCCCUCUUAUCACCAGAGGUGAGAAAGAAUGUGACUGACUGUGCUCUGACAGAGAAUGACAUCUCAAGUGCUGAAGAGAUGGUGGAAGCAUUUAGACCAAUGCUUGUGGCAACAAAUAUCAUGUGUGAGGAAAAGAAUCCCACCAUUUCAGUGGUUGCUCCUCUUCAUGCCCAACUGCUGCGAGACACAACCAGCACUGAAGAAGAUUCCCCUCUGGUUCGAGAGAUUAAGGGAGCCAUCAAUCAAGACCUUUCAAAGAGAUAUCAAUCAGAGGUGGAAAAAGGUCUCCUACGCAUGUCCUCAGCCCUGGACCCUAGAUUUAAAUCCCUUUUAUUUCUGUCACCUGAAGAAGUGCAAGACACUUAUGCAAAACUACAGUCAAAAGCUGCAGCUUUAAAAGAGGAUGAUCCAGUGCCUUGUGGUGAUGUUCAGGGGGAUUUAGAGGAAGAGGAGACCUGCACAGCAAAAAAAAGAAAGUCUGCACUUGUUGAUCUUCUUGGUCAGACCUUCAAGAAGACCUCUUAUGUCUCUACAUCAGCAACCUCAAUUGCAGAGAAGGAGAUAAAACAAUAUCAAGAUGCUCCUUCUCUGCCUCUCACUGAAGAUCCACUGUUGUGGUGGAAAUCUCAGCAACAUGUGUUCCCUCUCCUUUCCAAGCUGGCCCAUAUGCAUUUGUGUAUUCCUGGGACCAGUGUAGCAGCUGAGAGGGUCUUUUCAACUGCAGGAGAUAUUAUCAGUGCCCAAAGAAGUUCACUCACUCCUGAACAUGCUGACCAACUCCUCUUUCUCAAGAAAAAUAUGAACAUAUAAAACGCAUCACAUGAAGCUGUUUUCUAUUUUGUUCUGAAAAAUGUUUAUUUUUGAAUGCACUUUAAGUUAGGUACAUUUUAGAUGUACUUUAUCCCUGAUAUAUUUUAUUUUUUAUUUGAAAGCAGUAGCCCAAAGGUUUAUGUUUCUUGCACUUAAUAGUGUCACUGUUCAUGUUUAUGAAGGACAAUCAUAUAGUAUUGUUUACACUGAAUCUGUCCUCAGCCUUACAGCUGUUUUGCACCCAAAUGGUGUCACCGUUUGUCGAAGACAUAGUAUUACUACUGAUUGCAGCAAUGUUACACUAAAAUAGUGUCUGUGACUGUUUUGUUGCAACUAAGUCACAACUUGUUUUUGUUUUAUCCACAAAUAAAUAAAUGGAGACUCAUUUUACUAAUUAAAAAAAAAAAAACUUCUUAUUUCUUAAAACAUGAUAUAUUGUGAGUUAUUACUGAUAAUAUAUUGAUUAUCGCCAUAUCGUGAUAUUAUCAUAUCGUGAGCAAUGUGUUGCGUAUCGUAUCGUAUCGUAAAGUACCCAGUGAUUCCCAGCCCUA